AUGGGGACGGGGAUCCCAUUCCCCGCCCUGCCCGGCCCCGCCCCACUUACAUCCCUAGAUUCAAGCGGAACCCCAGCGCCAUCCCCUGUUGCAGAGCCUACACCUUCUCAUGUUGCAGAGGAUGUACUUAUAAAUAAAAAUACCAACCUUAAUGGCCCAGCGCCUUUCCUCGUUACAGAACCAGUGCCUGUUACUGGACCUGCCCCUGUGACAAAGCCUGCGCCUGUUGCAACGACUUCCACCGGUGAAGGUAGUAAAGUUGACACACCGCCAAGGAGAGUAACUCGCCGCACGGCUAAGGCAGAUAUAUCUCAAGCUGUCCCACCCAAACAAUAA